AUGGUCCCACCGCCUGGGUACAAGUUCAUCCCUCGCACUGAGCAAGUAUGCCAAGAAAUGGGAUGCUUUGAGUGCUACGACAUCUACUGCGAACGGUGUGAAUCAAAGGAUCGCCGCAUCAUCGAGCUGGAAAUGCGCAACACCGAGCUGGUCAAGCACAUAACCCUGCUGCAGGCCCGGCUUUUCCCUCGUGAUGGCCAGGGCCCGGCGGCUGGCCGGCCUGCAGCAGGAGCCUCUGGCGGCGCAGGUGGAGAGCCGUUCGCCUAUGUGCAAAGCCCCGUGAUGUAUGAUCCAGGCAUGGGCAUCCAGUACCAGGCUACGACCACUUUCAGCGCUGCUGGCAGUGGUGGCAAACCGUAG